AGUCGACAAACAAAAGAGCGAUCUAGCCAUCGACACCCCGAAGGGGAAGAUGAGGAAAAAGGCGAUGGAGGUGGACGUCAUCACAGUAAAGGAGACCGUCGGCAGGUGCCUGAGCAAGGAGCAGAUCGUGCGACUAGUCGGCAUCGACGCCGGGGCCCACCAACCCGCCAAUCAAAUGGCACUGUUCAGCCCACCCAACCACCCACCAAUGGGAGAGGCCUAGUCUCAUUAACCACUGUAUAG